AUGAAGCCAGUGAUGGAGAGCGUUCGUCUCAAAGAGGGAGACGGAGAAGAAUUCACUUGCGAUGAAGAACCACAUAUGCUGCCUCCAGAGACGGGAUAUGGAUACCUCGCGUUGACCCUUGGACAUCAUCUGGACCAAGACAAGCGUGACUUGGAAAUUGUUCGCAAGCUAGGCUGGGGAGGCUACUCCAAUGUCUGGCUCGCCACACCCCACAAGUACGCCACAACUUCAUCGCCGCUUGUUUUCUUCGACCUCAUCACGCAUUCCAGAAAAGAUUAUCGCUCGAAAUACGUUGCUGUUAAGGUUAUGACAGUGAACGCCACUGCCGGUGCUGUGUACGGGCACAUGAAUGAAGUCAAAUCUCUCAGGCUUGUUACGUCGAAAAACCCAGACCAUCCCGGCUAUAAGCACUGUGUCACUGUUGAAGACCUGUUUAUAGAAAAGGGGAAAUACGGACCGCACUACUGUUUAGUGACUCAAGUGCACGGCCGCCACAUGGACGCCCUGCAGUCUGACCUACAAGACCACCACUUCUCGGUUUCCGCCACGAAGCGCAUUAUAAAGCAAACGCUCCUCGCUCUGGACUACUUGCAUACCGAGUGUAAGCUUAUCCACGGGGACCUUAAACCAGCCAACAUUCUUUAUUCGCCUUCCUACCAAGAUGAUGCUAUAGCGCGCCACAUCGAAGAUUCUCCAUCUAGCAGUUAUGAACCUCGUUUAGAGCCAGACCUAUCUCCCGAUCCAAUCAUUACAGUUAGGUCCCAACCUCUGCCAAAUUUCGGCCUACAAGAAGAUAUGAGCAACAUCAAUAUAUGUCUUGUUGAUUAUGGCGAAACGGCUUCAGCUGAGCAAGAACAUACACACCCAUCUCAACCUACCCUGCUUCGCGCUCCCGAAGUCGUAGUCGGCUACCCCUGGUCAACCGCUGUCGAUAUCUGGUCUAUCGGAGGUUUGGUAUUCGAGUUCCUAAUCGGCAACCCGUUUUUCGCCUUGUACGAGACAGACUCUGUCUCGUUGGAAGACUCGCUGCUGCGCCGAAUGAUUGAGCACAUUGGUCCUUUCCCCCCGCAUCUUCUGGAAAAGGGAACAAGGCGCGAUGAGUAUUUCGACGCUGAGGGUACUCUUAUCCGCGUGAAAGAGUUUCGUCCACAAUCUAUCGAGGAUUGCCUGAAAAUUUACAACAUCCUCGAUUCGGCGGACAUAGCGCCAGCGGCCGCCUUCAUUCGACGCUGUCUCACAAUGGAUCCGGAGAAGCGGCCUACCGCAAAAGAAUUACUGGAAGACGAGUGGUUGAAGGAUGCAUGA